AUGUCUCCCUCCAAGUCCUCCCCCCUCGCUUCUCCCGCCGCUGCCUUCCCUCCCGUCGGUGAGAAGCGCAAAGCUACCGCUGCCUUCCACGAGGAAGAGCCAGCUUCGUCCCCUACCACUGCCAAGAAGCAGUGUCUCAAGUCCGUGACCAAAAAGCAAGUCACCGCUCCCAAAGUCACUGCAUCCGAUGUCGCUGCCGAUGCCACCGUCGAAGCGGCCACCCCACUCCGCAACCAAGCCAAGGCCUCAGAGGUCGAGGUUUCUACCCCUCCUGUUGCUGGCGAGAAGCGCAAGGCUUCCGCCUCCAACACUGAGCAAGACGAGUCCAAGACUGCACCUUCCAAGAACAGAAAGGUCUCUAAAGAUGAAAAGUUGCCAGAGAAGGAUGCGACUUCCAACGAGAUGGCCGAGGGCAAAGGCACACCGCAGCCCAAAGCCACCAAGCCGAAGACCUCCGGCAUCUUGAAGCGCAAAGCUUCCGAGUUCACUGGUGAAGACGAGCCUGUCACCAAGAAGGCCAAGACAGUUUCUCGCAAGGACGGUAACUCCAGCCAGAAGGAGAACAUUGAUCCGGAGACUGGCGAGACGGCUCCCGCUCGCAAGAAGCGAGCUAUCGGCCUGGAGAAGCGUACGCUGUCUGCUGACAAGAUCAAGCAUCGUGCGAGGCGGCUUGCGGAGCAGCGAUUGGCUCGCGAGAGAAUUGAGAGGUUGGAGGCUGAGCAUCGUCGGGCUGUGGAAGAAGCGGCAAACGCUGAAGCUGAGCGGCUAGCCAAGAUCAAGGCUGCGCAUGCUGAUUAUCGCAAGAAGAUCGCGGUGCAAAACAGGGCCGAUGACUUCUGUUACAACAUGGGCAUUGGCGAGUUCAUCUACCUCGAGCUCGACGAGCAAGAACGCGUUCUGAAGGAGAUUGACGCCAGGGAGAGUCACGCACAACUCAAGCGCCUGGAGAAGAAUGAAGUGUCUGCCUUGAAGAAGAUUGAGAGGGAUUGGGAUCGCCGUGGCCAGCACAACAACGGCACGGCCAUCAACAAGCACAACCAAGCGACGGCGUUUGCGAACUCCCUGAUCAGGGCUGCUCGCAACGAACGAGAGAAGUUCGAGAAAUCCCACGAGGCAUUCUGCAAAGCCUUGGACCAGGAGGAUUGGAAAGCUUUAAGUAAGAAGGAUGCUGACCAACUCCAGAAGGGCGAUCAGUACAAUACCAUCAUGCGGCGCCGCCGGAAAACGUUGUUCGCUGGCAAACUGCCAAUUGAACUCUGA